CAGUCCAAUGGCAGCUGUGGAGGGUGGGGAAGAUGGGCCGGGCGCGUUACUAGGUGGGGUUUAGUAGCAGUAUAAAUAUAUUGUGUCUGUCACUGCAACGCCCCUGAACACUCGGUGAAACAAACUUAUUUCCUCUACGGCCACACGACUGACUCCUGCAGACCCAACAUGUCUUUCAUCCAAGCCUUUCUCCAACAGACGGUCUAUCUGGGCUUGCCCGAUGAGUCAGUCUUACAGAAUGAGGGAACUGUAACCCCAGCGACUAACUUCAGCCCCAGUGGAGAUGCAGCUGUCUUGGAGAAGGCCAUCAAGACAAAAGGUGUGGAUGAGAACACCAUUAUUGAAAUUCUGGUCAAAAGGAGCAACGAGCAGAGGCAGCAGAUCAAAGAGGCUUACCAGCAGAGCGGCGGCAAGCCUCUGGAAUCAGCCCUGAAAAGCGCUCUGAAGGGAGAUCUGGAGGAUGUGGUGUUGGCUCUGCUGAAAACACCAGCCCAGUACGAUGCCCAGCAGCUGAAACUGGCUAUGAAGGGUCUGGGAACAGAUGAGGACACCCUCAUUGAGAUCUUAGCUUCCCGUACCAACAGACAGAUCCUGGACAUUAAGAAGGCCUACAAGGAAGACUACAAGAAGGACCUGGAGGACGACAUCAAGUCUGACACCAGUGGAGACUUCAGGGCUGCCCUCCUUACACUCUGCAAGGCCAGCAGGACUGAAGGAGUGAGUGAACAGCUGGUUGACAGUGAUGCCAGGGCUCUGUACGAGGCUGGGGAGGGGAGGAAGGGCAAAGACUGCUCUGUCUUCAUUGACAUCCUGACCUCCAGGAGUGCCCCUCAUCUCCGCAAAGUAUUUGACAGGUACUCAAAGUACAGCAAAGUGGAUGUGGCCAAAGCUAUCGACCUGGAGAUGAAGGGAGAUAUUGAAAGUUGUCUCACAGCAGUAGUGAAGUGUGCUGGGAGCAGGACUGCGUUCUUCGCUGAGAAGCUCAACUUGGCCAUGAAGGGUAAAGGUACCCGCAAAAACAUCCUGACUCGCAUCAUGGUGAGCCGCUCUGAAAUUGACCUGAAACGGAUCAAAGAAGAGUACAAGAAGACCUACGGAAAAACUCUCUACCAGGAUAUUCUGGAUGACACAAAAGGAGAUUAUGAGAAGAUUCUGCUCGCUCUCUGUGGAGGUGAAAACUAACAGCUCACUGUCACUGGGAUUGAAGCUCAUGUCAGCCGAAGAUCCUCUGCAAUGUGAUCUGUGGAAAAUAGCCUGUUACUUCUCGACAUGUGCUGUACCUUAUGUGCUAGUACAGAACUGACAAGACUGUCAUUUUUUUGUGAGUGUCAUGAUAUUUAGAAAAUAUCAGCAGCAAAGAGUGAAGAGAGUUGAUACUGCUUCAGCAAAUACUUCCUUUCCAAGUAAUUCCUGUCCAUUCCAGCACUUUUCAGCAUAGAUCUGAUAACAUAAUUCCAGGGGACCAUCACUUUAUACACACUUUGCGUCGCGGUCACUAGAUUCUUUAUCUGAUGCUCAAAUAAAAGCUGAUGUCAGAGAUCACAGUGCAGCUCAUCUAUGCAAAUCCAUAUGUGCCAAACAACAACAAACUGGUUGCGUUACCCUUGAAGGAGCUUUGAAAUUCUGCAAAUAAAAGCAUUUUAUAAUGAA